AUGAAGGAGUAACAGAUGGCUACUGAUGUCAGUUUGGGGUGGGCGGAGAGGCGGCGUCCAGCAAAAAAAGACAUUUGUCCGCUGGAGUCAAAACUUUUUAGGACGGAUGGAGAGUCCAUCGCCCUUAAACUGGACAAGAGGUCAUCGAUAACGUCCACGCCUCAUAAGGGAUGUUCUGCUGGGGACAGACAGGAGGAGGAACGAACACCUGUCUCAGGUGGUGGGAUAUUGGUGGAGGAAGUGGUUGCCAUGGAGACCAGCGAGGCCAGUGAGGACGAAAUGGGCAGACUGGACAUCGACCUGGACAGGAAGUCCAAACAGCACAACCUGACGUCCAGCAACGUACGCGCCAUCCUGCAUGAGGUGAUUACUCACGAGCGUGUGGUGGCCAUGAUGAAAGCCGCCAUCAGAGACACUCAGAACCUGCCCAUGUUUGAGCCAAAGAUGACUCGAUCCAGACUGAAACAGGCCGUUCAGCAGGGACAGCGUCUGAACUGGAGUCUGUCAGCAGUGAACACAGCUCUGCUGCAGCCUCCUCAGUUUGUUGACAUCGAUCUUGAGGAAGAUGAAGACUCCUCUGAUGAAGAGUAUUGUCCUGAUGAAGAGGAGGAGGAGGACGACACGGCCGAGGAGACCUUCCUCAGUGAUGCAGACAGCUUGGCUUCACCUCCCAGAAUGCAUCAGGGCUCUCAACCCAAAAUACUGACAGACCAGAGGUCCGAUGAUCCUGCACAGAAAUCUUCAGGACACCAGGGGGGACAGGUGUCCACCUCCGCCUGCGCUCCUCAUCACCUCCUCACUGCUCCUGAGACUUCCUUCCUGGAGAGACUGAACGCUGUAGAGGAGGAGCUGGACUGCAGCUCUGCCUACACCUACAACCAGUCUCAGAGCAGAAAAGACAGUGAUGAUGGUGGUAAUGAGGGCUCCAGCUGUUUGGCGUACCGCACACGCUCCAAACUUCCUCUGGUUAACGUUCCUCUGGGUCAGCUGGAGGCGGAGCUUCUGGCCCCCGACAUCAGCGCUGACAUGUACGAGCACAGCGGAGAGGAGGACCGUCACUGGACGAAGUGGCUGCAGGGUCUCAUGGCCCCCGACAAUGAAGAGGAAGUUGAUGAUGAUGACGACCCUGAGUACAACUUCCUGGAAGAUCACGAUGAACCUGAUAUGGAGGACUACAGGACGGACCGGGCGGUCCAGAUCACCAAAAAGGAAGUGAAUGAGCUGCUGGAGGAGCUCUUUGAAACGCUCCAGGAGGAGGAGGUGGCAGCUGAGGAGCAUGAAGAGGAGCACGAAGAGGAGCAUGAGGAGGAAUUGUCUUUACAGAGUGGGCCAAAAUUUAACGUCCCCCAGGCUUUACGUUUUGAAGCACCAUUAGCCAACAUGUUGACAGAGCGACGGCUGACCGUCAGGAAACAGUACGAAGCUCAGCAGCAGAGGAGAGCCCUGCAGGACACUACCAAUCAUCACCGUGACAACGGGAACCUGAAGGGCACACCCAGCACACAACAAGAGACUGUCACUUCUGUCCUAGUGCUGCCGAGCCGAGUCUACCCCGCCCUCCACCUGGACCGAACCCAGACGCUGCAGCUGCAGCAGCAGAUACAGCAGCACGUUCAGCUGCUGACACAAGUUCACCUGCUGACUCGACGUGUGAGCGGCCUGAACGACCAGUCCUGCCUCACCAAACACUACCUGGAGGAGCUGCAGCAGUUCGCCAGCCGUCAGGAGCAGCUUUUUCUCCCCAGCAGUUUUGCGGUGUGUAACCUGAAGGGGGCACUGGAUCUCCUGCAGGAGGUGGAGCAGAGAGCCGAGCCUCCUCCUGCUCCUCCUGCUCCUGCUUCCUCCAGACGCUGGCUCCCCAGGAUGACUCCUGCUACCAACAGCCACGCCUUUCCUCUGCUGCCGGCCGACACCGCCUGGCUGUUCGCCACACGUCCUGUCUUCCUUUACCCGGAACUACUUCCUGUAUGCAGCCUGGAUCCCAAUCUCCGUACCCGACAACACCGGAAUAUUUACACUGCAGGAGAGGACGGGUUGCUGGUUCUCGGUCUGAAGCACUUCGAGGGGACGGUCCAGUCGGAUCAGCUGAUCAGCUCCUACCUGCUGUGUAAGUCUCGAUGGAGCUUGCAGAAACACGUCAGAGAGAUGAGCGGGCCGAGAGCGCCGCACAACAGCGUCAUCAAGAUGUUCCUGACGCAGAGAGUCGUCCCCCCGCUGCCGCUCACCUGCAGCAGAGUCGAGCCGGGAGACCAGCGCCCCCCAGUGGACAGGAACACCUCCAACAUGCCAAACUGGCUCAAGAACAGUCAGCUGAUCAUCCAGAAGACCCAACUCAACUCCUCCUGUUACCCCCGCUCCCUCCCCCCGGGCUGCACCCUGAGGCUCCACCCCUACUGGGUCAGCAAGUCGGCCCACCUGGCUCCCCGUCCCCACAGACGCCUCUUCACCUUGGCCCACAAUGCAUCUCUGCUGCCACUCGCCAAAGCUCCAUCAGACAGACAGGAGGACUCAUUGGCGGAUGUGCAGACAGUGAGGCAGUCAAAGAAACGAACAGAGAGACAGGUGGACCGACAAGCAGAGAGACAGGUUGACGUGCAGCCAAUCAGCUACCUGUCUCUUCCUCACCCAGGUGUUACGCUGCUCUCCCCUGCUGCUCCAGGAGCCCUCCCUGCACCUCCUGUCCAGUUAACCGCCGUUCACACAGUCCCCCCUGUCCCCUCUGUCCCUGUGUGUGCUGACAUCAUCCAGUCCUGCCUCCCUAUUGGCCAGAGGACACAGCAGAGCGUUUCUAGGCAACAAGGCAGCGCUCCCAUACCCCUCCUUCUCCCCCUCCCCCCAGUGACCAACCCUGACACUACAAAUCCCAUAAUGCCUUGCUCAGCCAAACCUUUGAAGUCGGGGUACUUCCUGGUCCAGAUGGUGGUGACGCCACCAGCUCCGCCCACAACUCUGCACACCGUCACCUCCCAGCAUGCUCUGGGGCAACAGACACCAAUCAAAGAGGAGCAGAUUUCAACAAGGCCAGGUACUGCAAAAGAGGAGGAGAGAAUGGAGGAGAAGGAGAAGAAAGAGGUGGAGGAGGAGAUAAAGCAGGAAGAGGAAAGUCCAGCGUCAACAUCAACACUGAGUCCAUUGUCGUCUUGUGCAGGAGAGGAGGAGGGGGAGGAGGAGGAGGAGGAGGAGGAGGACAGGACAUCUGUGGAUGUGGUCUGCUUGAACGGAGGAGAAAACAGCGGUGGAGAGGAGGAAGAGCGGAGAGAGAGAGGAGGCACAGGAGGAGGUGGAGAGGAGGAAGCAGGUGGGGGAGGAGAGGGAGAGCAGGGAGGAGAGGGUGAGGAGGAGGAGGAGGAAGGACAGAGGGAGGAUGGGGGAGGAGAGAGGGACGAGGACGGAGAGAAGGACAAGGAUGAAGAUCAGGACCGGCAGGGCGAGGAGGAGGAGGAGGAGGACUUUGAUGACCUCACCCAAGAUGAAGACGAGGAGGAAGUGAUGUCGUCAGCGUCGGAGGAGUCUGUGCUGUCUGUUCCAGAGUUACAGGAGACCAUGAAGCAGUUGACCUGGCUGGCGGCGGAGCGGCGGCUCUGUGCAGACGGCGACUCGGAGGAGGAUCACUCUCCGAUGUCGGCCGGCUCUCAGGAAGAAGAAGAGGAGGAGGAAGAGGAAGGGCCUAAAGGGGAGGAGUCCGGAGAAGGGAGGAGCAGUAAGACGGGAAGAGACAAGGAGACUCCAUCAGGAGAGGGGACGCCCAGAGGAGGAGGGAGGUGUCCCGGACGAGGACGAGGUCGCAGCCGACCUUUGCGUGGGCUGAGGAGAAGUCGUCAGGAGCGCCACAGUAAAGACGCCGCUAAACUGCUGCUGCUGUACGAUGAAAACAUCCUGGACAACGACCCGCACAGAGAGAGCAAAGAUGUGGCGUUCGCUCAGAGUUACCUGAGCAGGGUGCGUGAGGCGCUGCAGGACAUACCUGGGCAGGUGGAGGAGUUUGUGUCUCUGCUGAACGAAUUCGAGCAGGUGGGAGACGGACAGGAAGUGAUUUUGUUGUUCAGGAAGCUGCGCUGCAUCCUGGGAGACCGCACUGACCUUCUCCGAGAUUUCGCCGCAUUCCUGCACCCUGAGCAGGCGCUGCAGUGUGGACUGUUUGAAGAGCAGCAGGCGUUUGAACGCAGCCGUCGUUUCCUGCGACAGUUAGAGAUCAGUUUUGGAGAUAAUCCCUCACAUUAUCAGAAGAUCAUCAAAGCUCUACAGACCGGUCCAGACCUGAGUCCAACCAGCAUCCAUGAGCUUAAGUCUCAAAUGGCCACGCUGCUAAAAGGCCACACCCAUCUGCAAGCUGAAUUCUGGGUGUUUUUUGAUGAGCUCCGCCCACCGCCGGCCCGCCCAGGGCAGUUUGAAGAAGCUCAUUGGCCGGAGGACGGAGGGGGCGGGUCAGAUGGUGGAGAGGGCGUUGGCCAGGUGUUUGGAGGCGGGGCCAGCUGCGGCUUUGAGGAGGUGACGCUCCCUGAGCUCGAAGAGGAAGAGGAGGGGCAUAAGAUCCAGCCAAUGACAAGCCGGCGCCGGAGGCGGAAGAUGGAUGCCCACAGAAACUACAAGGACUGUGAUUGGCCCUGCCUCUGUCGGGACGCAAAGAUCCGCAGACACAGGAGGAAAGGAUGCUCUCAUUGCCAUGGCAACAAGACGUCAGGGGGCGUGUCUAGAGCCAUGAAAAGUCUGGACCCUCUCUACUCUCAGAUAAGGUCCGCCCAUGACGAAACAGGUGACAAAGACCUGGACCUGAAGGGGGAUGAUGACAGUCCACAACCAGAUCGCACUGGUGCAUCAUGGGAAGGCUCGUUCCCUCUGAUGGAUGAGAAAGAGGAGGAGGAGGAGGAGCUGGAUGAGGAGGAGGAGGAUGAAAAUGAAGAGGAGAGGAAGACCAGUGAGAAGGAGCAGAGCCUGGUGGUGAAUAGGAGCAGCAGAGAGGAGUUGGUGGAGGGAUGCUCCUCAAAUUCUUCCACCACCUGCUCUAUCACCUCCAUCACCACCUCCAACUCCAUCACCACCACCUCCUCUAUCACCACCUCCUCCUCUAUCACCACCACCACCUCCUCUAUCACCUCUAUCACCACCUCCUCCUCUAUCACCACCACCUCCUCUUCUGUUACCUCUGUCACCACCUCCUCCUCCCUGAUCUCCAACCCAUCUAUCACCUCCUGCCUCAUCACUUCUAUCGCAGUAACCUCCUCUGUCUCCUCCUCGCCCUCCUCUUGCACCUCCUCCAUCACAUCUAUCACCUCCCCGUCUAUCUCUCCCACUAUCCUCUCCUCCUCUCCCUCUGUAUGCGCCUCCUCCUCUGCUCCUCCUUGGCCGAGUCCUCCUCUUGACCUCCCUGUCUGCGCCAAGAACAUUUCUCUGACGGCGAGCGGAGAGAAAGUCAUCCUCUGGACCAGAGAAGCAGAUCGAGUCAUUUUGACAACUUGUCAGCAGGAAGGAGCCAAUCAGAACACCUUCCAGUCCAUCUCUACUCUGCUCGGCAACAAGACUCCGAGCGAGGUGUCUCGCAGGUUUCGGGAUUUGAUGCGUUUGUUUCGGACAGCGGCUCGCCAGACAAGUUCAGAGGACGAGGCUCCGCCCACUGAGCCGGCAGAAGCCAAUGACGAAGAAGAUUGAUAUUAACCAAUCAGAAGAGCUGCAGGAAUUUUUUUUUUAUAUUCCAAGGACUUUUAUUGUGAAAGUUUAGAGAUGUGUUUACUGUCUAUAAAAAUACUGUAAAUAUGAAAAUAUAUGAAAGAUUAUUUAAUGUUUUUGUACAAAGGUGGCGUUUUUG